AUGGGUUGCUCAAUCGCAGCUGUUAAACAUAGUACUCAGCCGAAAUGUGCAGGACGUCAACGCAAGAGUGUUCAUUCCAGACCAUCUAUAACUUUCACAGACGCAAUUAGCAGGCUAGAUCUAACUGAAAGACAAAUAUUCCAACUUCAGCAGUCAUGGAAAGCAAUCUCGAGGAAGAUGGAAUAUACAGGAAUCAACAUGUUUAUUAGAAUAUUUGAAACACAUGCAGACUUAAAGAAGUUUUUCUUUAUGGUUGAAAAUUGUUCAACUAUUGCUGAGAUGAGAGAAUCAAAGGGUCUUGCCAAACAUGUGUUGAUGGUGAUGAAUACUUUGGAUGAUACCAUUUACAAUCUAAACGACAUGCAGUAUGUUAUAGACUUACUUUACGACAUCGGGAAACAACAUCGGAAGUUUUCUGAUUUUAGACGGGAAUUCUUUUUGUCGGUGACGGAACCGUUCUUAUUGGCAGUGAAAGAGACACUUGGAGAUAGGUAUACCAGAAAUAUGGCGACAGCUUACCGCAGGCUCAUACAGUUUGUCGUUGCAAAUAUAUUCCAAGGAUUCGGAGAUGUGUCGAUUGAAAAAAAGAAACUCGCAGACGGAUAAGCAGGAAUUUCUCUAAAAAAAAAUGGUUUCAUGGGAAAAAGAAUUUACUUUAAGUGCUGUGGGAAUCGGUUGGUGCUAAAAGAAUUCCACCAAAUGCGAUGAACCAUGUCUUCA